AUGGGUGGUGUAGGAGCUCGAAAGCGAUGGACUUGUGUGGGUGCUGUAGGAAGGAGGUUUAGGAAGUCUCGUCAUCAGAAUACGAUCAUUGUUGUUCACAUUAAUAACAGUAGAAGCCUCAGAGAAGAUGACUUGGAAGAUCAUGUUCAAAAAGAGCUUGAAAAGAGCUGUGAACAAGCUGUGGAUGUCAAAGAAGUAGUAGAUGUUGGUAGUGAGAUAGUGGAGGUUGCUGAUGAUGCCGAAUCAUCUGAAGUGCUGGCAGAAAAGCAAAAACAAUUGCGUGAAGAAGGAGAACGUAUCGAAAAACAAAAGCAAUUACGCGAAGAAGAAGAAAAACGUAUCGAAAAGCAAAAGCAAUUACGCGAAGAAGAAGAUAGACGUAUCGAAAAGCAAAAGCAAUUACGCGAAGAAGAAGAACGUAUCGAAAAGCAAAAGCAAAUACGCGAAGAACAAGAACGUAUCGAAAAGCAAAAACAAUUACGCGAAGAAGAAGAAGAACGUAUCAAAAAGCAAAAGCAAUUACGCGAAGAAGAGGAACGUAUCGAAAAGCAAAAACAAUUGCGCAUAGAAGAAGAACGCAUUGAAAAGCAAAAACAAAUUCGUGAAGAAGAAGAACGUACCAAAAAGCAAAAACGAUUACACGAAGAAAAACAUACUGCAGCUAUAAAGAUCCAAUCCUUCUUCAGAGGUCUUCUGGCAAGACGAGCAUUUCGAGCACUAAGGGGCUUAGUGAAGCUGCAGGCUCUGGUUCGUGGAGUGCGUGCAAGAAAGCAGCAACAAAUGGCUCUGCACUGCAUGGGUGCCCUCAUCCGAUUGCAAAUGCGGGUUCGAUCUAGGCAGAUGCUCAUGAAGACAUGUGAUGAUUCAUCUUAA